AUGUCGGGCAGCACAGCUAGCACUGGAGCUUUUUCAUCAACCAACCUCUACUACUCCUUCGACGUCGCUGGCGGCGCCGUGCGCGCCGUCAUGCUCGGCUCCUACACCGACUACGGCGCCGGAAGCGCGCAGCUCCGGUGGUUCCGCGCCGACCUCGCGGCGCUCGACCGCCGCCGCCGCGGCGGCAGGCCGCCGGCGUUUGUGCUCGCGCUCGUGCACGCGCCGUGGUACAACAGCAACGAGGCGCACCAGGGGGAAGGCGACAACAUGCGGGACACCAUGGAGGUGCUCCUGUACGGCGCCCGUGUCGACGCCGUGUUCGCCGGACACGUCCACGCGUACGAGAGGUUCAAGCGCGUCUACGCCGGCAAGGAGGACCCCUGCACGCCCGUGUACGUCACCAUUGGCGACGGCGGCAACCGGGAGGGGCUGGCGGACAAGUACAUCGGGACGAAGACCAUGAACACCAUGGCGAAGCACCGGUUGGCCAGCGUCGACGGCCGCACGCCGCCGUCUGGCGACCCCAGCAACGGUGUGAGGACAGGCGGGGUGUCCGCGUUCCCCUGCUGCUGCGGCCUCGCCGACAGCGAGGGUUCGUCGCGUCCCCCAACAGAGGAUAGGGUGCGAGCGGAGGAUAGGGUGUUGGACUGGAGUUGGAUGCAAUUCUGGGUUCUUAUUUUUUUAGUCCAGUCUACAAAUAGAGUUUUAGAGACCUAA